UCAUCAUCAAUCAAUUAACAAUUAACAAUUAGUUAUCAAUGAUCAAUGAUCAAAUAACUAAAACUAUAAUCGAUUAACAUACCCAUACGAUCCGCUCUUGAUUCAAACUUUCAACUUCAACUUCUGAAUAUCAACUUGUGAUAAGUGAUAAACAUCAUCCCACCAAAUAUCGCUUGUAAAAAAUACCCAAGUGCACAGGAAGACCCAACAACAAGUCAAGUUUGGUGCACAAUACUUUUGCGCCCCGUCUAAAAGAUGGGAAUCCUCUCGUGGAACUCUCUACAGCCUCGCGAUGGUCGCCAACCUAAGUUACCCGUUUACGAAAAUCUCAACACACCUAGUAAGGACCGAAAUUCAAACGACUCUUACGAUGAUUCCGAUGAUGACGACUAUUCCGUCACUUCGUCCUCCCCGGGCACUAAUAACUCUAGAAUAACGAGCCUUUCUAAUUCUGUCUCGGCUCCUAUUAUGCCCAAAAGAAAUUUUGCUGUUCCUCGUGGGCCUCGUCAACCGUUCGCCUACCGUCUACCAAACAAAGUAGUUCGAUACCUCUGCUUUGGCUUAACAUCUUUCAUAUUCUUAAUGAUAUUCACCCUUAUCCGCGCAAGCCAUAAUGAGAACAGACGGCUCGCUGAAGGUAGAAUCGAAAGGCCUGCAGUGGCUCCUCCUCCAUGGGAGUCUUACCCCUUCCUUAUGAGAUACUAUGGUGGUGUCAGGAACCUCGUUCCCUUCUCCAAGAAUGACCCCGAGUAUCCACGCCUCAGAGGCGAACCACCUGUAGACAAACUGUCAUACGUCAAUGAAAGCAACUGGAAACCUGAUGUACAAGAGAAAGGCCUACCUGCCAGCAAAGACUAUACCCAAUACCCCCAGAGUGUGUUCCAGAAUGCACCUGAGCAAUUUCAGGAGUGCUACCUCGACAAAGCCAAGACAGUGCGUGUACCUCCCAUUCGCUACUAUGAGGGACGUCCCAAUGGUUUCCCCGAUGCUGUGCUAGGCUCCUACGAGCUCCUUGACCUUCCUGAGGAUAUCUGUUUCGAACGAUAUGGCCGAUAUGGACCCUAUGGCUUCGGUUAUUCUGUCAGGUCUGGCGGCCUAGGUACCGGAGAGCAUGGCGAAAAGGAGGGAAUGGAGUCAACUUGGGAGAAAGUACCUCAAGUUGAUUGGAAGGGGAUGAACUGGGCAGAUAUUCAGAAACGCUGUUAUCAUGCCAACGCUGCCCGCUUCAAGGAUUUGCCGUCGGUGAAGCCGUCUCCUCAUGGUUUCUAUAUCGACGAAGGAAUCGACUCCAAUAAGGUUGUUGCACGCGAUACUCCAACGCUUGGUUCGCUUCAGUCCUCGGUUGAUGAAGUUGCCCCAGAAAAGAACUCGGCCCCAGUUUCCGAGACAAAGACUGUUCAGGAACCGCUUCCAAGAACUGCCGUGGUCAUUAGAUGCUGGGACGAAUAUUUCUGGAAAGAGGAAGAUGUUAUGAACGUCCGUUCCCUGAUCAGCGAGCUAGCGUUGGCAUCAGGUGCUCGGUACGACAUUCAUCUACUAGUUCAGGUCAAGAACGAUGCCGCGCACCCAAUUUGGGCAGAUCCCGCCGCGUAUCAAAAGCGAAUCGAUGAGACGGUACCGGAAGAGUUUCGCGGUCUCGUCACAUUCUGGACAGAAACACAAAUGCUAUCGCUCUACCAGGGCAUUUUUGAUCUCUUCACUCGUGGCCCAGAUUUGCCUGUACAUGGUGUUUAUCGUGGCUUACAGAUGGCUAUGCAAUACUUCGCUCACCAACACCCAGAAUAUGACUACUACUGGCAGUGGGAGAUGGAUAUUCGCUAUACUGGACACUACUACGAUCUACUCACCAAGGUAGAGAACUGGACUAAGAAGCAGCCAAGGAAGGGCUUAUGGGAACGAAAUUCGCGAUUCUACCUACCUUCUGUUCACGGGACGUGGGAAGACUUCAAGCAGAUGGCACGAGUGCAAAGUGAAAUGGGUACCACAGGUGCUGAUAACAUAUGGGAUAGUAUUCCGGGCGGCAACAAGCAACAGCAGAACAACCGCGGCGAUAAGCCCAUCUGGGGACCCGAAAGACCUAAAGACCCCAACGACUGGUUCGAGCCAGAGGAUGAUCCCAUGCCAGAGACCACAUACGAAAAGGACAAAUAUGUAUGGGGAGUCGGUGAAGAAGCUGAUUAUAUCACAUUCAACCCUAUGUUCGACCCAGAAGGCACUACUUGGGGCUUAGCCGACGACAUCACUGGUUACAAUACGAGUGAUGGCAACGGAAUGCCACCACGCCGAGCCCAAAUCAUCACAGCAUCGCGCAUGUCUCGUCGCCUACUCAUGAAAAUGCACCGCGAGACCGCCUACUUUAAGCACCACGCUUUCCCGGAGAUGUGGCCAGGCACGGUUGCUCUGCAACAUGGUUACAAGGGUGUAUUUGUACCACAUCCUCUGUACGUAGACCGCGAGUGGCCCGCAGAGAUUUUCGCACAUACGCUCAAUAACGGCAGAAACGGUGCCACGGGAGGUUCACGCACUUCUGUCUUUGGCCAACGCGAGCACAACCUCAUCGGACUCACAUGGUUCUACAACUCGGGCUUUGCCCCAAAUUUGUACCGAAGAUGGCUCGGGCUCAAGGUUAACAACGACGGGGGCGAGGAGUUCGAGUUGACCAUAGAUGAGAGCAAGAACGGCACGAAUGUCAAUGAAAUGCGUGGCGGCGAAGGAAGGAUGUGUCUACCGCCGAUGUUGCUGCAUCCGGUCAAGGACAUUGAACUAGCAGUCGAGGUAAACCCGGAGGAACAACUCGAAAUCCCCGAGUCAGACCCCGGGGCUUGAAGCUUGAAGGGAAACGGACCAUGGUUAGUGUCACGGUGGAAAUGGGAUGGUCUCGGAUGGAUACAUAAUGUUUGGGGCGGUUUCUAGGACUUAUGACUGAAGACGAGGGCGUUGGCUGGAUUUUUUUUUUGGUCUCGGUAAGGAUUUCUUACCGUUUUCUUCAGGGCAAGUGUGCAAAUGUGCGAACAGACAAGGCGGAGCAAGGUUUCCCCAUAGUUCUGUAUAUAUAUAUGUAACCUAUAGGCAUGUAGUGGAAGCACAUAAAUGUACACACAAAGGAAAUGACUUGGUUAAUGAGAAACGGGAAACAGCGCAAGUGCCUGAGAAGGGAAGAAAUAUGUAGGCUCUGUGUAAUCGGAAAUGAGUGUUGAUCUGAUAUAUUCCAAUGAGAGGGGAGGGUCUAAGUAUGGGAUAGAGGAAAUCUUUGUGUAUUUAUAUGCUUAUGUGCCUGCCUGGGUAUCAAGAUAGGAUUUGAGAAUGGGAUAAGCGAGUAAGCCCAGCUUCAGUGGUUCAUAGAGAAAAAUACCUAGUACUUAAACUGCUUGCCUC